AUGCUUCUGAUUGCGCGAGCCGCGGUGCCGCCGUGUUUUCGACUGCCCACCGCCAUGUGUACAAAUGUGCCGCUCUGCUUCUUGACCCAGAUCUCCGAGGCUUCAGCCAAGAUCACGAACUGGAGCGCCGGACGUCUGGGGACUGCGCGAGCAAUAGUCGGGUUGUCCCCGUUGUGGCGCAGCUUCGGCUCAGCGGCGCCACACUCACAGUUUCCAUCAGUGCAGGCUUCCGUUGGCCACAUGCACGGCUCCACCACUUCUGCCGCCUGGGGCGAGCAGGCUCAAGCGGCCGUCGCUCGUUAG